GUCAAGCUUUUGACCUUUCAUUUCCUUACAAAUACGAGACUCGUCAUGCUUUGAGGUGUUGUUGUUUUCUCUGAAUAUAUCAGGGAGCAAAGCUAUGGCUGUAGCUCGUCAUGUUUUUGUGUUCUUGUCUGUGUUAGUGGUGGUGAGUUGGGGAUUAGAGAGAUGUGAGGCUACUGGGAAGUUUAGCUUCGAAGUUCACCACAUGUUCUCUGAUGCGGUCAAGCAGACUCUUGGGCUUGACAAUCUUGUCCCCGAGAAGGGAAGUAUGGAGUACUUCAAGGUUUUGGCCCACCGUGAUCAGUUGAUCAGGGGUCGAGGUCUUGCUUCCAACAACGAAAAGCCAUCCGUCACGUUCAUGCGGGGAAACUUCACGAUUGGAGUCGACGUUCUGGGAUUCCUCCAUUAUGCCAAUGUCUCUGUGGGAACACCGGCUACAUGGUUCUUCGUGGCUCUGGACACGGGCAGCGAUUUGUUUUGGUUGCCUUGUAACUGUGGUACAACGUGUAUCCGUGACGUGAAAGAUGUUGGACUUCCACAGAGUCGACCACUCAAUAUAUACAGCCCCAACGCAUCUUCUACGAGCUCAAGCAUUAGAUGCAGUGACAAGCGUUGUUUUGGAUCGAGAGGAUGUUCUUCUCCUGCAAGUAUUUGCCCUUAUCAGAUCCAGUACCUUUCUAACAACACAUUCACCAGAGGGACCUUGGUCGAGGAUGUGUUGCAUUUGGUCACAGAGGAUGAUGGUCUAGAGCCUGUUAAAGCUAAUGUCACGCUUGGUUGCGGUCAGAAUCAGACAGGUUUGUUCGGGGAAGGUAUUGCUUUGAACGGUCUUCUCGGGCUUGGUUUGGAAGAUUACUCUGUUCCAAGUGUACUGGCAAAAGCAAAUAUUACCGCAAACUCCUUCUCAAUGUGUAUUGGGAAUGUUAUUGACGUUGUUGGGAGAAUCAGCUUCGGAGACAAAGGCUACACAGACCAGCAGGAGACGCCACUAGUUCCUGUUGGACCAAGUCCGACUUAUGCUGUGGAUGUGACGGAAGUAUCAGUUGGGGGAGAGGCUCUCGGGGUUAAGCUCCUCGCACUCGUUGACACUGGCACAUCAUUUACACACUUACUGGAGGCAGAAUAUGAUCUUGUUACCAAAACUUUCGACGAUCAAGUCAAAGACAAGCGACGCCCUAUUGAUCCAAAGCUUCCAUUUGAGUUCUGUUAUGACUUAAGUCCAAACAGUACAACCAUUUAUUUCCCUAAAAUUAUAGUGACUUUUGGAGGAGGAUCACAAAUGAUACUGAGAAACCCUCUUUUCUCUGUGUUCAAUGAGGACGGUACCGCCAUGUACUGCUUAGGUAUUCUGAAGAGUGUGAAUUUCAAGCUUAACAUUUUUGGACAGAACUUCUUGUCUGGAUACCGCAUUGUAUUCGACCGGGAGAGGAUGGUUUUGGGUUGGAAGCGGUCUAACUGUUAUGAGGAUGAAAGCUUAGAAGCUACUCCUCCACCACCAGAGAGAGAAGCUCCUUCACCAAGACUAUCUGCUCCACUACCUAGUCCUCCUCCUCCUCCUCUUGUUUCCAUUGCUACACCUCCCCUUCCCCCAUUUGACCCCCGUAGCUCUACCGGAAAUGGAUCAGGCGGAGCAGCCAGUCUCAGCCCUCUUUCAUCUCAACUCCUGCUUCUCCUCUCUCUUUUGGCCUUCCUCUCAUUCACAUAAGCAUUCUUGUUUGGUUGGUUUGAUCAUUUUUAUGUUCAUUUAAUUAAAAAAAAACUCUUUGUU